AUGCACAGUGCCUUUGAACUGCUUCUGGCAUAUUCCAAUGGUAUCCUUUUUCCUCGGACUCACAGCAUGUUCGCGGCCGCAGCAGCAGCUCACAUGCACUUCCUCUCUGCGGCCGCUGCUGCCGCCUCCUUUACUAGCAGUCUACCGACGGUUCAAACCAACACCACUGCCACCUCUACUGCCAACCCGUCCGCAGUUUCCAUUACCACGAGAGGGCUUGGGCAGGGCGGCCUUGUAUCCUCUCCAGCUGGUCUGGGUCGAAAAGUGCCCUCAGACGCCUGGCUGAUGCAAUCAUCCACAACUACAUCAAAAUCUGCAGAAUCGGGUCGACAAAACUCCCGUAAGCCUAACUGUGACCCCGAAACAACGGCAUCCUCGCCUCAGGAUGAGGUGUCAAGUGAGCCUGAUGGUGGCCGGUUGCUUUCCCGACUGAAGAAGGCUCAUAUAAAGAAGCCACUAAACGCUUUCAUGCUCUUCAUGAAGGAAAUGCGUCCACGAGUGCAAGAGGAGUGCACAUUGAAGGAGUCUGCAGCGAUCAAUCAAAUUUUGGGCAAAAAGUGGCAUGAACUCUCACGUGCUGAGCAGACAAAGUACUAUGAGAUGGCAAGACAGGCAAAGGAACUUCACCAGCGUCUCUACCCAGGCUGGUCGGCGCGUGAUAACUACGCCUAUCAUGCCCGCCGGCGCCAUCGUCGCAGCCGACGACCUUUUACACAUCAUCGCUCCUUUGUCCACAAGCCGACCAGCAGUUCCAGUACCAUCAAUGCUGCUUCUAAGACGUCUCCUACCGGUCGACUGCGGUCCUCCAGUUUCCACGAAGAUCGAAAGGCACUAGAGCUUCCCCAAAAGGUUCUCGAGCGCCCACACUCCACUAAUGAUGUUUAUUCACCUUCAAUAGAACGACGAGUGGCUUCUUCAACACCUUUAUCUUCUCCACCUCUUCCUCCUCAAUCGCCGGUGAUAGUAAACAGGGUAUCAGAACAACAACAACAGCAGCAAAUGGCAACACAUUCUUCACCACCACCUCGUCCUUCACUGCCACCACCUCCACCACCACCAUCGCAGUUGCCAGCACACACAGCAGCAUUUGUGAGUCCACUGCAAGCGCCAUCUCAACCACCACCACAAUCUCUUGCUACACUGUCUAGACCGACACCCAAUCUUGCCAACAAUACGUUGACAAUGUCAGCGUGUUCUGCAUUUGAACAUCACUACAAUCAAGCCAUGCAUCAUCAGCAGCAGCAACAACAAACACAUCCUCAACAGUUGUUGCAAAUGCCAUCUCAAAGAGCCUUUGGAUAUUCUCCUUCUUCCUCCUCCACUGUCUCGGCCGCUGCAGUCUCGAUGUACGCAUCGACACAGGGUCAAGGCAGAGGCGGAACAAUGUCAAGAUCAUCAACAGGGUACUGGGGCUACCACGGUCCACAGACGCCCUCCCAUCAAUCGGCUGUGGGAAUGAAGCGAAAUCCCUACCUAACUGCUGCUGCAGCAAUGAAUAGCGACUCGGUGGCGGCAGUUGCAGCAGUGGCAGCGAUGGCGGUGGGUGAGCUGUCUGGUGGGAGUAUGAAGAAGUGUCGUGCUCGGUUCGGUCUUGAGCAUCAGAAUUUGUGGUGCAAGCCUUGUCGACGAAAGAAGAAGUGCAUCCGCUUCAUUUCGGAAAAUGAGGUUGAUGACUACAUGCCACAAUACCAUCCUUACCACGCGCAUUCAGCUGCUGCAGCAGCGGCAGCAGCUGCCGCAGUGGCCUUCAACCACCACCAUCAUCAUCCACACCAACAGCCGCCACCAUCUCAGACACCGCAUCAUCCGUAUGGAAUGUUCGCGGCGUCUCGUCGACACUCCAAUGCCGGUGGUAGUGGUGCUUACUCCGGACUAGCAGAGACCCCUUCUAAUGCUCAUUUACGAAAACAACCAUUUAUCCAUAGCCCGGUAUCACCCUUUGGUAACGGUGUUACAUCUAGUCCGCAGCGUCAUUUUACACGGCAACCGAUUCCACAAGACAUUUCCGUCACUGCCGCUGCUGCUGCUGCUGCUGCCAACUCGCCCUACGCGCAUCCGUCGCUUGGCAGCAGCUAUAAACGACCGUUCCCGAUAACAUCCACCCCACGGCAACAUCAUCAGGCGUCAAGAGAGUUUACAAGCGUUUCAAACGCUCCUUACGCAAGUAGUGGCAAUGGUGUAAACUAUUGGGGAUCAAGUUCUCGAUCUACGACCAAUGCUUCCGCCUCUUGUUUUCCAGGCGCGUCACAACGUUUUUCCGCCUCCGAAAUGAUAAUGUCACAGGGUGACCCGAAGUCCAUAGCGCCAUUACUUCGGGAAGUACAGGGUUCCAAUUCUUCUCCCUCCACCUACCCACCCCCCAAGAUGAAUAACUUCUCACACACGCAACAGGGUACUACACUGGCGGCCGACACUCCCGCUGUUAAUUCAACCUCCACCGCCGCAACUAUCAGGUCCACUGCUUCUGCUAUCGCCACGAAUGGCGGAAGCAAUAGUGAUCCGGGAUUGAAAAGGGAAGCGCCGCCACUAAGUUUUGGGGUGGCCGAUGUGAUGGGUUUCAGGUCGGGUGAGGAGGGUGCCAUACUCAAUACAGUGCCCACAGCGACGUCAACGUCUACUUCCACCUCUAAUACCGCGGUUUACCGUGGAAACGCCUCACCAAGUACCUCCUCCUGUCCACUUCGAUCCUCACCGGAGUUGGAGUAA